AUGGCUGAAUACCGCGCAGGGAAAGCCGGCAUCAACGCCGAGGCUCAAGAGAGGAUAAAUAGUAAAUACAACAACGACAUAGCCCAUGAGACGUUAGAAUGGAUCAAGAAAAUCACUGGAGAACCGGAGAAUACUUCCGGUGAUGCGGAGAAUCUUUACGAGGUCCUCAAAGACGGUACCUUACUCUGUAAUCUAGUUAACAAAUUCCAAGAAGGCGCCGUCAAGAAGAUUAAUAAAUCCAACAUGGCUUUCAAAUGUAUGGAGAAUAUCAACGCUUUUCUUGAAGCUGUUGUCAAGCUGGGAGUUCCAUCGCAGGAGACCUUCCAGACGAUCGAUUUAUGGGAGAAGCAGAACCUUUACUCUGUAGUCGUUUGCCUGCAAUCUUUAGGCAGGAAAGCUGGAAAUUUCGGUCUACCUUCAAUGGGACCUAAGGAAGCAGAGAAGAAUAUAAGGGAAUUCAGUGAAGAACAAUUAAGAGCUGGUCAGAAUGUAGUCUCCUUGCAGUACGGAACCAACAAAGGGCAACAGUCUGGCAUCUCCUUCGGUAACAGGCGUCAGAUGUGA